AUUAUUAAUCUCCCGGCACAAAAUAUUUUGUUUUCGACAUGUAUGGCAUAAAAACACCAAUUUGUAAGUUAUUGUGAAAACAUAAUCUCUGUUCGUAACAAAAAUGACUCCAACAACCGUUUAUUAAAUUGGAAAUUGGACUAAGGCGAGUCGAAGGGAUUCGGAAUCAUUUAAGUGUUUUUGAUUAAAAAGAAAAUUCUUUGAAACCAAAAACUAUAUUUGUAACUAAUAUUAUGGCUGUGUGCCUUUCAAGCCGUAUUGUGCCUUCAACUCACAAAAUUUUUAACUUAACUUACUUUCGAAGCUUCACUUCUAAACAUGUUCAUCAGAUGAGCAACACCAGCAGAAACAUCACUCGACCCUGCUCUACACAUUUGUUAGUAGACACUAGAAAAUGUACGAGUAUCUUGUGCACUAGAACUUUUACGGCAACCUCGUGCGUUACCUCUCGCAAUGGAAAAGGUAGACGAGAAACUACGUCCAUGGAAAACACCAGGCUAACGGAAGUAAUCACCAUUUAUGAGAAGCUGACAAAGUCGAAAGGUCGUGGUGACGGGGACGUCUUCCGUUUUACAGACGACACAAAAUUGAGUCCGACACCAACAAUAGAUGCAGUGGCGGACGAAUCUGCCACGGUAUUGGACUUUUCCAAAUUUCGAGAUAUGUACAAUCAAAACUACACCUACUUCUCGGCGGCAACAGGUCUGAUUCAGGCACAUGCACUGCAUACACUACAAUGGAAGUACUCCACAUCUAGACCAACUGAGACAACUGAUUAUUCGGAUUUGAUUUUCAAUUCCAAGCAAUUCUGUUUGGGCAUCGUUAAUCCUACGGAAGAGGAUUUGGGUCUACUCAAGUCGCGUUUUCAUAUCCAUGAUCUCACACUAAGGGACAUCAGAGAACAAAAUACGGAGGAGAAAGUCGAAGUGUUCAAAAAUUAUACAUUCAUUUCGUUGAAAGUGUAUCUGGAAGCACCGGAGAAUCAAACGGAUGCGUUACCACGAGGAAAAAAGGAAGAUUUGAACAUCCUAUUGUUUCCGGAUUCAGAAAUUGCAAUCAUUCUACAUUAUGGCGCGCCUUGGCCAGGUUUCAAGGAUAUGUUGGGCUUUCUUAAUCUGCUAUGCAAUUACGGAAAUUCGAACUUAACUCCUGAUUGGGUAUUGUUUUCGAUUAUCAUUGAGCUAACCCAGGACGCCAAAUUUGGCGUGCAACAAUUGGAACCCAAAAUUUUGAAUUUAAAAGUAGCCAACACCGAUCCCGUAAACGGUCAACCCCGUCUGUUAACUGGCCUAAAUGGAAACGAGACCGAUCUAUCACAGGCACUAACAAAGAAUUUCGAAAACGAAUUUGAAAUCUACAAAAUCAAUCGAUUCAUAAAACCCAAAAUUCGAGUACUCAAGGAACUGGAAGAAAAAGGGAACGCGCGAGUCAGUGCAAAGGUUUUGACUCUACUAGCAGGCGCGAGAAAAGACAUGGAAGAAGUUGGAGAAGUUUUAGACAACUUCAAUCACAUCUUGGAACGGUCACAGGAUACCUGUCUUACCUUAGCAAAUAUUCGUCAGUCAAAAGAGGCAAACGAAAUGGGUCGAAUGAUGAAACGACUGUCAGAAGUGGCGCUCCUGUUUUUACCGUUGCAAGCAAUAGCUGGCUUGCUUGGAAUGAAUGUUAAGAUUCCAAUGCAGUAUUGCGAGAGUACGUUACCGUUUUGGGGUAUCUGUGCUGCAUCGUCUGCUUUAGUUAUAAUUCUUUAUCGGAUUAACCAAGCCGCAAGUAAACGUCCGAAAUCGAAAUGAAAUCAACCAUUGGUAAAACUAAAGGUCAUUUAACUCUGAGCAUUUAACUAUGAGCUUUUUGUACUUACACUGUGCUUUGUAUUAUCGAAUUUUACACAAUUUUGGGUAUUAAAACAAUUAAUUCUUUGAA